AUGGGGAGUAGAUGCGCGCCGAGUAACUUGGCGUGGCAGGAGUUCUUCAACGUGUUGGAGCGAGCCAGCGCGAAGCAACCCGCGGGGACGUGGCCGGUGGGGGCGAGUGGCAGCAAACGCUCUUCCCCCUCACCUCUCUCCCCCCUCUCCUCUCCCUCAAGUCCUCCUUCCCCCAAUGUCCUCCCUCCGUUCUCCCUCCCCUACAGACGUCUUUGUGGGCUAUCCAAGCGUCACCGCAGCCGCCCUCGUAGCAGCAGCCAGCAGCAUCACCACCCCUUCCUCCGCCAGCCCCCCAACAUCACCCGCACCUUCAGCAACCUCUCCGCUCCUCUCAGCCUGGAUGCCCUGUCUCCCGAGGGUAAGGCCGCCCUGCGGGACGUGCUGCUGCUGCACGUCACUGACGCCUACCAUUUGGAGGCGCAGCUGGAGGAAAUGGCGUCCCCCAAUGCAAGCAACCCGGCCCCCCAGCACGGGCACGUGUACACCACAUGUGCCACAGCAUGGGCACGUGCGCCUCAGCACGGGCACAUAUACUCAGUAAACACAAAUCUAACCAUUCAGAUCCACAUAGAGUCGGACAAGUCGCUCGUUUUCCGCGUGCCAGCCAACGCCAACACGCCUGUGCGGGACAGCCCCUACACGGCCUACUCUGUCACGGCCGCCGCCACUGUGCUGCCCGCCCUCAAAGAUGCCGUUGCUGAUGGGCGGAUUUCCGUGCAAGGCGCUGACCACGUGCUGCUGCCGCCCACUGGGCCUGCCAAUGCUGUGGGACGAGGUAGGCAGGGUGUAGGAUGUGGGACAGUGGGGGCACGGAGAGACAGUGGGUUGAGGGGGUUGGUCUGUAAGGCCAGUGGCAUUGGCAUUGGCAGUGGCAGUGGCGGGGACAGCCCCUACACGGCCUACUCUGACACGGCAGCUGCCACUGUCCUGCCCGCCCUCACGGAUGCCGUUGCUGAUGGCAGGCUGGCCGUGCAAGGCGCUGACCAUGUGCUGGUUCUCCCUACAGGGGAGGAGAGGUAG